AUGAAUAACUGUCUCCACCUCCUCCACCUGAAGGCUGAAGGCCUGAAGGCGACCCAAGUCCUAUUUCCGAGGCAGCCAGCCUUCCAAGGCAGCCCGUCUGGUCAGCUGGAAAUGGCUCUGCAGACACUAGAAGACACACUCACCCAGCGAAUGGAUGAGCUGUCCGAUCAGUUAGUCUUCAAGGAUCUGAGAUCUGAGACCCCAGACUUCAACUGCCCCUUUAAGGUGCAGAAAGACACCAGCAACAUCGGCCUACAUACAGUGCUCACCCAAGAUCACGAGGAUGGGUUUGCCACCAAACCGCAACAGACUUUUCACACAGGUCUAAAGAUGAAAGCAGCUUUUUGUGCUAUCGCUUUUCUGCUUGUCUUUGCAGGUCGGGUCCAAUGCUGUCCAAUUGGAACCACAUGCAGUGAUGUUAAAGGAAUCCAAAACUGCAACAAAAUUCCACGUGGCACCUGUAAUAUUUAUGGAGAUACUCAUUAUAACACGUUUGACAACAGCACCUAUAACUUCCAGGGUACUUGUACUUACACUGCCACUCAGGGCUGCCACCUGGAGGGAACAAACCUCACUCCGUUUUCAGUCGUGGUAGAGAACGAAAGAUGGAAUGAAAUCCAACAAACUCCAAAUGUUUCCAUGGCCAAGGUGGUUGUUGUGGAGGUGUAUAACAUGACUAUAAUUCUGCGAAGAAAUCAGAUACACCAGGUCAUGAUUAAUGGUAUCCUAACCAACAUUCCUGUAAAUCUCAAUGAUGGUGAAGUGAUUAUUCAGCAGGAGGGUGAUUUUAAUGUGAUCCUUACCAACUUUGGUCUACGAGUGGCCUACGAUAUGAUUUAUCAUGUUAUCAUCACAGUACCUGGCACGUACGCAGGGAAGACCUGUGGCAUGUGUGGAAACUUUAACAGUAAUAAGAGACUGCAGUAUUAUUACCGACCCUAA